AUGUCUACCAAACAAGGUCGCAAGAUCGCCAUCGUAGGCGGGAGUGGUUCCAUCGGCUCACACACGCUGUCAGCCCUCCUAAAGACCAACAUUCACACUGUUACCGCAAUCUCGCGCAGUGAAUCCAACGCCACCUUCCCAGCUGGUGUAAUUGUCAAGAAAGGCGACUACUCUGACGAAUCAUUCCUCGUCAGCGCUCUGGAAGGUCAAGAUAUCCUCAUCCUCCAACUCGGAAUCUUCUCCGUCGACCAACAAACCCCUCUUAUCCGUGCCGCCGCCAAAGCAGGAGUCCCCUACGUAUUGCCCACGGAGUUCGGCUCAGACCCAUAUUCCCCGCUCGCGAAAAACUUCCCCAUGUUAAUAGAGAGGAAGAAGAAGUACCGUGAUCUAGUGGAAGAGUUGGGAUUGUCCUGGAUCGCCGUCGUGAACAACCCCUGGUUUGACUGGUCUCUCAAGCAUGGAAACUGGGGAAUAAACAUCAAAGAGAAGAAGGCGACAUUAUAUAAGGGGGCUGAGGGAAAGUUGAAUACGACCACACAGCGGAAAGUAGGGGAGGGAGUUUCGAAGCUGUUGAGUCUCCCAGAUGCGGAACUAGAGACAUUCAAGAACAAGCCAGUUUAUCUGAGUUCGUUUGAGAUUAACCAAAGGGAGGUCUUGGACAGUGCUAUUCGAGUCACCGGGACGAAGGAAAGUGAUUGGAAAGUUGUGGUCAGGGAUGCUGAUGAGGUCAUCGCAGAGGCUAGAAAAGAAGUUGCGCAAGGCAACCAUAUGGCGCACAUCAUGGAGUUCUAUAUCACACACAUGAAAGAGUCCUCCGGUGGAAACUACCAGGCCAAAGCGACCAAGGAUGCGGAGGUGCUCGGUUUGAAGGACGAAGAGGAUCUUGAUGAUGUUGUGAAAGCUGUUGUGGAUGAUAUAACAACGGAAAAUUAG